CCCGCCGCCCACUGGGUCCAAGGUGAGUCAUCACGUUUUUUGGGCGCCGCGCCCCAGAGACAUCCUGACCGAGCUCAUUCUUCAGGAUCGUCAUGAACCUCGAGGUCGUAAACCCAAUGAUCAUCUCCCACCAUCACGCGCCAGAGAAGUCCAACGAGCAUUCCGACUUCGACGUGCUGAACAUUUGGCCUCGCUGGAAGAACGUAUAAAUUCACUGGAGACUGAGAAUGCUCAACUUCGAGCUUUACUCAAUCUGCCCGAAGCUGAUCGCGGCAAGAUUGGCUCAGGUCCAACUGGACGUGGUAAAUCUCUCAAAGAAGGUGGUGUUCCCAUGAGUGAACGCGUGCGAGCGAGAAAGGAAGCUAGGGAAAGAGAGCGUAGAGCAAAAGGUCUACCUGAACCGGAAUCUUCGGAACAAAGUGAUCGAGGGAGAGAUACAGCCACCCUCAGUCCAAGAGCUGCCAGUGGCUCAUCGGCAUUACCGAGAAACGAUUCUCUAUCCCUCUUUGGUGGACCCUCAGAUCAGUCUUCCAGCUUUGCCUACAAUCUUCCUUCCUUGCCUUUCAAUAUCCCCGUCUCGCCAGAAUCCAGUUUCCCCGAUUUCUCCAGUCACAUGGAAUCCAACCUGUUCAAAGGUUCAUCUGGACCUUCUGCUUCCUCCUUCAACAACAUGUUCAGCAUGUUUGCCAGUCCCACCGAUACGAGCGAUCAACGUCCCCCGCCAACGGCUCAUCACACUGGCUUAGACCAUCGUUCGCCUCCUACCCCACCUUUAUCUGCUCCUGGAUCCGGCGGCUCGCCCGGUCAACCUGACCUCUUGACCCGAUUGAAAUCUUGCUGCCAUUUGAGCGAUUCGCACGUCGUCAAUGAUCCAGGUUUGCUCAUCUUUGCGACCCGACUCUGUCAAUCCUUCCCCUGCGCAUUCAAUGGUGCACAUCCCGAUUCCGCUUACGGAUCUGACAACGAGCAUUUGUUGCUGGAAGAUUCUUGGAAAGCUCUCAAGAUGCAGUUGGAUCCUGGCGGAGAGGCAGAUGGAGAGAAUAGGAUAAACACAGGAAGGAUGGCCGCCGAACUCGUCUGUCGGGCUGCGGCGACGAGGGGAUCCGGAGGUGGAUGGAUCAUCUGCAGAUACCGUGAAGGCCUGUCUAUCAAGAGGCACCUUAUCGCUGGGCUAGUUCAGGGACUCGGAGGAAGCUUGGAAAAUUGACGUGGCUCAGAUUCCGAAUGUCGCUUUUUCUAGGACGCAAUG